UGCAUCCGUGGAGCUCCCAGCCGGCAGGCGUCAGCCCCUCGCUCCUGCUGGGGGUCCCCGUUGCACUGGGGCAGCAGAAGGGCAGGGAGCAUGCGGCCGCCUCCUGCUGCUUUCCUCUGCCCUGUGCCCCCUUCUCCUUCCCUCUCCCUCUCUGUGCUCAGGGGACUGUGCUGAGCUGCUGGUGGCAGAGGCAGCUGGCAGCCCCUCGCUGCACACCUUGCCUUCCCUUCCAGCCCAGGCAUCGGGAGCAGAGAGGCAGGAGGCGACACGGAGCCCGCGGGAUGUGAGUACAGCAGGGGGACCCCCAGCUCCCUCCCGCCUUCUUCCGACGGCUGGAACCCCGCGUAGACCAUGAAUGGAUCCUUCUUCAACCAGAGCCUCCUGGAGCAAGGAGCGUACCCCAACAGGACCCGGGGUUUGGGGCUGCUCCUGGCCUGCUGCAAUGGGACCGGCUCAGUGUUGGUGCCCGACGGCGGCUCCUCGGUGUUGGCACCCGACGAGCGCAGCCUGUACAUCACGCGCGUGGUGCAGAUCGCCGUCCUCUGCGUCCUCUCCUUGACUGUGGUGUUCGGCAUCUUCUUUUUGGGCUGCAACUUGCUCAUCAAGUCGGAGAGCAUGAUUAACUUUUUGGUGAAGGACCGAAGACCUUCCAAGGACGUGGGAGCCGCGAUCAUGGGGCUCUACUGAUGCCGUGGGGCAAGUGUAGGCAAGUGGCUGGAGCUGGUGCUGAGAUGCACGUUCCCAUGUGUUUG